CAUCAAAACCCUCCGCCUCGUUUCCAAGGUCCUUCCGCAGUCAUAAUUCAGUUCAUCCAACCGGUGCCUUUUAUUCUAGACUGAAGCGAUGAUCAUCCCAUGUGUUGCUGCGAACAUGGUGGCUGUGUACAAAACAUAGGCGGCCUCAAGUGACCAAGCGAUAAUUACAGCCCCCGAGAGCUUAUACAACUACUCCAAGUCGACUGCUAUUGAACUCGUGGCAUUCCCUCCUUACCCGACGAAAGCAUGACUGUAAUCACGCCCAUCCCGCUUGUUCCUUGGAACCCCAGCAGCUUAUGUGCCACCUGUCGCUUGGUCGCGAAUCACGAUACGACUCAAAGAUACUACGCGAGACCUUUGAAGAUCGCAGCUGUUCGGGGCUGCGUUCUCUGCAGAUAUCUCUACGAAGAGCUCGUUGUCCACUCUUUCGGGCGGCCCACAAAGGAUGUUCAUCUUGAAGUAACUCGACAUGGAUCAUGUUUAGGUGUAGUCGACUUCAACAACACCGUGCAUCAAUUCGAGAUAUUCACCGAACGUAACCACCCAAGCACCGAGACGCCCUUCAGAAGGAUACAUGCGCAACCUGACUCCGAGUCAUGUUGGAACAUGAUACAUACAUGGCUCGACAAAUGUACUUCUAAUCACACAUGUUGUCGUCAAGAUCAUGCGCCUCCGAUGCCAAACAUACUGCUGAACGUGGAUACGCUAAGAUUGGUGUAUGGGUCGACUUGCGAAGGAGACACGCGUUAUGCCGCACUGAGCCAUUGUUGGGGUGCUGCCGGCACUCUUGCGACGACUUUAAGGGCAACAGUGGAGAGUUUCAAGACGGGCUUGGACUUGCAUUACCUUCCAUCAAAUUUUCGAGAUGCCAUCUACGCGACCAGGCGACUGGGUCUUUCGCUGCUAUGGGUAGACGCGCUUUGCAUUGUGCAGGAUGAUGCAGAGAGCCGCAGCCUGGACAUUAGCGACAUGGGAAACUACUAUCGAAACGCGUAUAUCACGUUGUCUAUAUUAAGCGCACACGGCUCGUACGUCGGCUUCCUCAAUCCUCGAGAGUCAGUCCCGACAACCAGUCUGGGUCAAAACCUUCAUCUCCGCCGAGCGCGACCAUCAUGGAACCAGGUACUACGGGAAUCUCCGCUAAGCAAGCGAGCAUGGGUAUUACAGGAACGGUUACUGUCGAAGAGGAUAGUGCAUUUUGAGAAGAACGAGAUCUUCUGGGAAUGUCUCGAGAGCUCCAGUAGAGAGAGAAGUGUGGAAGACGAGCCAGAAGCCUGUGAUGAGGGCGGCUGGACUAAAGAAACCUUUAAGCGCUGCCUAAGUUUCUCCAACAAGAACGUCGUAGGCGAGCUUAGCAGACGCACCGUCCAGAAAGAACUCUUCAUGGUGCAAUGGUAUCGCAUCUUGUGUCAGUACUCUGGUCUGAGUCUUACCUACAGAAGCGAUGUCUUGCUCGCGAUUGCUGGGAUUGCGGAGAUAUUCCGCGACAUCACGAGCUUUACGUACAAGUCUGGUUUAUGGAUCGAAGACGCUCAUUCCGGGCUUCUGUGGCACGCUGAAGGAUCAUUGAUGCCCGCGCGGAAGCCUUCGGCCACCUCCAAUGCGCCUUCUUGGUCGUGGGCAUCUCUGGACGGCCCAGUAAGUAUGCUCUUUAGUCUUGGGUCGAGCAACAUGCCUAGCGAUCUUGCGGCACAGAUUCUUGAAUGUCAGCCUGAUUCUCUGCGAGCGAGUCUCCGCAGUGCGCAUACCUACGACGACAUUCUGAUGAUGAAUGCUUUGUGUAUCAACGUCACCUGCCGAUCGAGCUCAAACGGAGAUGCGCCAUAUAGCGACCCAUAUCUUCGCAUGGUGAUUGAUAUAUUCGAUGAGCGAGGUAUCUGCAUCGGCACAGGUUACUUGGAUCGAAUCCCAGAAAGCAACAUCAUCCAAUGCAAGGCUAUCGUCGUAUCGCAAAGACUGGAACUCAGUCUUAGCCAUGUUCCCAUAACAUAUUUCCUGCUCGUUAUAGAGUCGAGUUGUGCAGAUGCCUGUCACCAACGAGUCGGUAUCGGACAGACAGCAGACAGGAUCUAUGGCCAUGUGCUCAACACAUUGAACCUAAAGCCCGAGCGUAAGCAAAAGAUCGUCAUUGUGUAAAUAACUAUGGAAUGCUAGCCUUUACUUCUUCAUAUCGAUUCUCCUUCUCUCACCGAUAGCCCACCGAUCAAAUAGCAUACCGCCAAAUCUUGGUCCUGUCUGAACCUCGAGCAUCUCGUAAAAGAUUGCAUAUUCCCUUGGUAUCUUCCCUUCUUCAAGCCAUUCUAGAAGCGUAAAGUCGCUGAAGCAGGGAUGGACCACGUAGUUAUUCUCUCGUAAACGGU